CGCUCGGGGCGGUGGCGGUGGCGGAAGUGGGAGCGGAGCCCGAGUCUUGGCCAUAAAGCCAGAGGCGGCGGCGGCGGCGGCGUUGGAGGCCGGGAGCGAGCCGAGGAGUCCGCUGGGCCCGGAACUGGGAGUUCUCCUGUGCCCCGUCCGCCCUUUAUCUCGUCUUCGGCGGGAGCCCUCGCGACGCGCCCGGCCAGGAGCCCCGAGCGGAGCGGCCGCGCUUGAAGGAUGACCUCGAGGAAGAAAGUGUUGCUGAAGGUUAUCAUCCUCGGAGACUCUGGAGUUGGUAAGACAUCACUCAUGAACCAGUAUGUGAACAAGAAAUUUAGCAAUCAGUACAAAGCCACAAUAGGAGCAGACUUUCUGACAAAAGAGGUGAUGGUGGAUGACAGACUAGUUACUAUGCAGAUCUGGGACACAGCUGGACAGGAACGGUUCCAGUCUCUUGGUGUGGCCUUCUACAGAGGUGCAGACUGCUGCGUCCUGGUGUUUGACGUGACAGCUCCCAAUACGUUCAAAACUCUUGAUAGCUGGAGGGAUGAGUUUCUCAUUCAGGCCAGUCCCCGUGAUCCGGAAAACUUCCCCUUCGUUGUGUUGGGAAACAAGAUUGACCUCGAAAACAGACAAGUGGCCACAAAGCGGGCACAGGCUUGGUGCUACAGCAAAAACAACAUUCCCUACUUUGAGACCAGUGCCAAGGAGGCCAUCAAUGUGGAGCAAGCGUUCCAGACGAUUGCACGGAAUGCACUUAAACAGGAAACGGAGGUGGAGCUGUACAAUGAAUUCCCUGAACCCAUCAAACUGGAUAAGAAUGACCGGGCCAAGGCCUCCACAGAGAGCUGCAGUUGCUGAAGGGGCAGUGAGAGCAGAGCACAGAGUCCUUCACAGACCAGGAACACACUUAGGCCUUCCAACACAAGCCCCUCUCCUCUUCCAAACAGAACACAAAGUGAUCUCUCCUUUCCAGUUGCCAAAAGAAACCCCUCCACACAGCACACACACACACACCGCACACACACAGACCUGACACAAGCAGACAGACUCCAGCCCACCCCUGAUGGCUGCGUCGGGGCCUGCCCACCACGUCGGCCGGCCUGCAGCAGGACAGCCCACUGUAGGAAUCUGCUGGUGUGGCAUUGGCAUAGAAGCUGAUUCUUUUUGUCCACUGGAGAGAGAGAACUGUUUACAGUUAAUCUGUGUCUAAUUAGUCACCUGAUUUUUUUUAAUGGUCUUGUGAUCUUUUUACCCCGCCCCCGCCCCCUGCUGUGAAGGCCACCACUGGGGAAGGCCGGUGCCCCUGCUUCCUACAGGCUCACACCCAGUCUGAUCAGGCUGAGUUUUGUAUGUAUCUGUUAAUGCUUGUUCCUUUUAACUAAUCAGAUCUUUUUACAGUAUCCAUUUAUUAUGUAAUGCUUCUUAGAAAAGAAUCUUAUAGUACAUGUUAAUAUAUGCAACCAAUUAAAAAUGUAUAAAUUAGUGUAAGAAAUUCUUGGAUUAUGUGUUUAAGUCCUGUAAUGCAGGCAUGCAAGAGGGAGGGUUGAACCCUGUCUGGAUUGCAGAUUGUUAGCAACUCAGAAUUAAGAAAUCCAGCUAGAGGCAGUAUUCUGUACAGUAGACACAAGAAUUAUGUACGCCUUUUAUCAAAGACUUAAGAGCCAAAAAGCUUUUCAUCUCUCCAGGGGGGAACUAUCUACUUCCCUGCUGUAUCUAAAUUCUCCAGAAGGUUGAUUUGCAUAAUACAGUGGUAUGUGCAAUGGAUAAAUGGCUGUUGUUUCAGAAAUUAAAAAAUUCAUUUUUCUUUCUUUCUUUUUUUUUUUUUUUUUUGUUUUUUUCCUGCUCCACACUUCAAAAUGCCCCUGUUAUAUCAGCAUCCUACUUCUAAGCGGGAAAGGAAAAUCCUAACAGACCGGUCCUUAGCGAUGUUACCUUUGUUCUAGAAGGCACUCCUUUUUAAGGUUGUGGUAUCCUUAGGUUAGCAGACCUUUUUUUCCUUUUCCCCACGAUGGCCCAGGAUUGCACCUCAUUGAUAGCCUCUUUCUUUGGUAUGGAACCUGGCAACUCUGCCACCUCCCUAGACCCGCCCCACACUGUAGCUUGCCUAACGGAGCACCCCCUCUUCCAGCGGUCUACAUUCUAGGGUGUGGGCCGAGAUCUGUAAAGAGAUGAGCGUGAUGCCAAUAAAAUGUAACAAGAACAAAGAUGA